AUGGUCAGACAAGCCACCGUCAGUGCAGCGUACGCCACCCUCGGCUUACAACAAGGCGCCACUCUUGACAACGUCAAAACAGCGUACAAACAGCUUGCACUCAAGAAUCAUCCAGAUAAGAACCCUGGAAAUGAAGAUGCUACUGCCCAGUUCCAAAAGCUUAGUGAAGCUUACAACAUCCUACUGAAACAUCUUGAUUCCUCCUCACCUCCCCGUCGUCACUACUAUCCAUGCGGGCACUCUGUCCACAGCGAUGAAGAUCUAUCUGAUGAUUAUGAUGAAUACUGGUAUGAUCCCAGCAAUGACGAUUAUGACGAUUAUUACGACUCGGAUGAAGAGGAAGAAGACAUGGCUUUUUACAUGUUCCUAUUUUCGGAACUCUUGAGAGGUCGUAGCAAUCGAUACUCAGCGCAAACAUUCCGUUCUCGUUACGCCCACCGACCAGCGACACCUGAGACUGAAGAACAAUAUCAGGCACGCUUGGAGAAGACCAGGCAUGCACAGGAAGAAGCGGAGGCGCGUCGUGCAAGAGAAAAUGCUGAUCGCCGUGCCGCACAGGAAAGAGAGCGGCAACAAGAACGAAACGAAGCCGCUCAAAGACAGAAGGAGAAGUCCCGUAGCAAGAAACAAAAAGAAAAGGUAUCUCGCGAACAGGCUAAGACUGCUGCGCAGAACCGACAGCAGCGUGCCCAAACAUUGCGUUCCGCCGCCUUUACAGCCAUCCGCCAAGGAGAUGCGGAAAGGGUCAAGAAAGCGGUAUGGGAGGACAACGUGGAUCCUGCCGGUGGCGAAGUCAAGAUAGGAUGUGAAACUUACGUUUGUAAGCUUCCAGACGAUCCGAAGGAGUCAAUGCUGCAUAUUUCCGCUACGAAGGGUGAUGCUAGCUUGAUCCAGUGGCUAGAUGCCCACAGCGCUGACCCAGAAGAACGCAACAGCCAGGGAUUCACCGCAUUUCACAUCGCGUUGCAGUUGGGUCAUGUUGUCGUCCUCAAAUAUUUUUACGAGACUUAUGAUCCGAAGCUUGAAGAGUCGACCGCUGUAUACGAUGCACCGCCUUCCAGACCUUUGCUUCACUUGGCUUUAGACUCUGCCGAACCUGAGGUCGUAUGGAUGGUCCUUGACAAAGGCCUAGCACCUUCGCAGGAUAUCCGUGAUGCUUGGGCACUCUUGUCGUCCAAUGUCAAGGAGGCCAACAGUCUGUCGUGCGCCGCACUGCACAAAGACUCGCGUCUCCGCGAGGAGAUGAGAAACCUCCUGGCGAGCUUUGGUGGCUUUACCCCUCCACGAACACCUAACGUCACAGUGGGGAGCAUUGCCAAGUCCCCAUCGCUGACGUCUCCACGCUCUGACAUGAUUAACCCAAGCUCCAGUCACGAUGGUGACACGAAUGCUAAACUGGGCAAAGAACAUUCUACGAUGCGACCCACUGCGCCCAGGGAACCCACUGAACAGGGCGAAUCAGGCACAACACAAUCUGAUAAGCCGUUUGGUGGUCGUGGUCGUGGUCGCGGACGUGGCUACGGCCGUGGAUGGGCCCGAGGACGGGGCCGUGGCUAA